CAGCUGCUCAUGCGCCUCAGAAUUCUGGUCUUAGUCGAGUUUAAAGCGCCUCACAGAAUACACUGAUAUUUUCAAUUCAUAAACAAAACCGAGCCCAUUUGUUUCGAGAGUGACUGAGUGAAGGGAAUAUUAUUAUAAAUUCCAUACAAUUGAAAACUACGAGGCAUUUUCAGUGGCUGAUGUUUGUGAAUUUAAAUGUGAAAAUUGAUCCCCUCCUCAAACACUUCCGGAUUGCUGAAAGAGUGAACGGUUUUGCGGAGUGAAAUAUAAUAUGGCCUGUCCAAAUGGAAAUGAACUAUACGACGACAGCAACCAAGAUGGAGAUCAGUUAACUGAUGGCCCAGGCAAGGGUCUCCUCUACGCUGAAUACCUGCGUCUGGACAAGAUCCUUUCGGCACAAACAUUGCUCAGCGCUGUUUACGAUAAAGAGGUUCAUGAUGAACAUCUCUUCAUCGUCACACAUCAAGCUUACGAACUAUGGUUCAAACAAAUUAUCUACGAACUGGACUCGGUGAGAGGACUAUUCAGUCCAGAGAAGGAUCUCACGUCAGAUGGUAAUGAUGGGAUAUCGGAAGCUUUGAAUUACCAGAGGCUGGACGAGUCUAGAACGUUGGAGAUCCUCAAACGACUGAACCGCAUCGUCCUUAUAUUGAAACUUCUUGUUGACCAAGUAACUAUAUUGGAAACUAUGACACCUCUUGAUUUCAUGGCUUUCCGUGACUAUCUAUGCCCUGCGUCUGGCUUCCAGUCCCUCCAAUUUCGAUUGCUGGAGAAUAAACUUGGGGUCAAGAGUGAGCAUCGUGUACGGUAUAAUCAGUGUUACACAAGAGUUUUUGGUAAGCAUCCUGAAGACGUUGAUGCCAUUAAAAAAUCGGAAAGUGAGCCGAGCUUGAGUUCACUGGUGCAAAGGUGGUUGGGAAGAACACCCGGUUUGGAAGACACUUGUGACUUCAAUUUCUGGGGAAAGUACAAAACUGCUGUGGCGCGAAUGCUGGCUGAUCAGGACCAAAUUGCUCAAGGACAACCGAAAGACCCAGUGCGCAAGCACAUGUGUGCAAAUGUGGCGGCCAAGAGAGCGAUUUUCGAAACUGUUUUCAAUGAACCUCUUCACAAUGCCCUUGUAGCCAGGGGCGAACGACGGUUUUGUCACGCUGCACUCAAGGGCGCUAUCAUGAUUACGCUUUACCGUGAUGAACCGAGAUUUAGUCAGCCCCAUCAAAUACUCACGGCUUUGAUGGACAUAGAUUCUCUGAUUACAAAAUGGAGAUAUAAUCACGUGAUUAUGGUGCAGAGGAUGAUUGGCUCCCAACAAUUCGGUACGGGUGGUUCUUCUGGCUAUCACUACUUGAAAUCAACCCUCAGUGAUAGAUACAAAGUCUUCUUGGACCUCUUCAAUCUCUCCACCUUUCUCAUCCCAAGAAAUUUGAUUCCGCCACUGACAAAGGAGAUGAAAUUGAAACUGUCGAUCGCGUGGGGUUGCCUCGCCAUCGAGGAUGAGUCAUCGGAUCAAACGGUCUCCGAGAGCUCUGUGGAAGGUUCAUUCUGAGACCAAUAACACAACUGCAUAAUCCGAAAACUUUCCGUUUUAUUAAUACAAUAAAAAUCUUAGAAUGUUACUUGGGGAAAAUAUUUACCGAAUUCCAACAGCCAUUGUUUCCAACGCACUUCUAAGAAAAUAUAUAGAAAAGCUUGCAAAUUCGUUAGAAGUUCCUGCGGGAGUCCCAAUGGAAAUCCUAUUAGUUUUUUUCAAUAGAAAAUAUUAUAUAGAACAAAAAUCAACAGCAUCUGAUCUGUUUAUACAAUUCAUUCUAUUGAAGAUUUUUUUAUUCCCCAACAUCAAUUUUAUUUAACUUAAUUCUUUCUAUAAAAUACAACUAUGGAAUUUUUCUAUAGAAUCGGUGAAAGACCAAUAGAAUUUUCUAACGAACGGGCUAGAUUUUGCAACUAAUUUUU